AGGACCCGUGGUGAUAGGCACCGAGGCCUCGGGUCGCCACUGGGGCCCGAGUCCGGGCCUGGACCUGGGCGGGGGCAGCCGGGGACUCGGGGGCGCCGGGGAUCGCCAUGGCAACGCGCGGCCGCCCCUUGUUCCCUUCCGACCCCGCCCGGGUUCUAGGGCCUAAUGGCCGAGGGCUCCUUGUCUGACGACUUCCAAGGGGCGAAGCCAGGGUCGGCCAGGGGGCCGCUCCCGGGUCGGUGGAACAGCCGCGGACGGGCGAUGACUUUUCAGGUUUGGGGGUGGCGGAGGGAAGACGCGUCUCAGGUUUUGGCUUGGGUGCCCGACGCCAAGGGCGGGAGAGGUGCACCGAUGCCGCGCAGGACCCCGGCUACAAAAGACCCCACAGCUGUAGAGAGAGCAAACUUGUUAAACAUGGCUAAGUUGAGUAUCAAAGGACUCAUUGAAUCUGCUCUGAGCUUUGGCCGCACUUUGGAUUCUGACUAUCCCCCCUUGCAGCAGUUCUUUGUUGUUAUGGAACAUUGUCUGAAACAUGGUCUUAAAGUAAGAAAAUCAUUUUUGAGUUAUAACAAAACUAUCUGGGGCCCCUUGGAACUGGUGGAAAAGCUGUACCCAGAAGCAGAGGAAAUAGGAGCCAGUGUCCGGGAUUUACCUGGUCUCAAGACCCCCCUGGGUCGUGCAAGAGCAUGGCUUCGAUUAGCCCUCAUGCAAAAAAAAAUGGCUGAUUACCUGCGUUGCUUAAUUAUUCAAAGGGAUCUCCUAAGUGAAUUUUAUGAGUAUCAUGCACUAAUGAUGGAAGAAGAAGGAGCAGUGAUUGUCGGGCUGCUGGUUGGCCUGAAUGUGAUAGAUGCUAAUCUCUGUGUAAAGGGAGAAGAUUUAGACUCACAAGUUGGAGUGAUUGAUUUUUCCAUGUAUUUAAAGAAUGAAGAAGAUAUUGGAAAUAAAGAAAGGAAUGUUCAAAUUGCUGCCAUAUUAGACCAGAAGAAUUAUGUUGAAGAAUUAAACAGACAACUGAACAGCACAGUCAGCAGUCUCCAUUCAAGAGUUGACUCAUUAGAAAAGUCAAAUACUAAGCUGAUUGAAGAGUUAGCAAUAGCAAAGAAUAAUAUCAUUAAACUCCAAGAAGAAAAUCAUCAAUUACGAAGUGAAAAUAAAUUGAUUUUAAUGAAAACACAGCAGAACCUAGAGGUUACCAAAGUAGAUGUGGAAACUGAGCUUCAAACAUAUAAGCAUUCUCGGCAGGGGCUUGAUGAAAUGUACAACGAGGCCAGAAGGCAGCUCCGAGAUGAAUCUCAGUUAAGACAGGAUGUGGAGAAUGAGCUAGCAGUACAAGUUAGUAUGAAACAUGAGAUUGAACUUGCCAUGAAGUUGUUGGAGAAAGAUAUCCAUGAGAAACAAGAUACUCUGAUAGGCCUUCGGCAACAACUAGAGGAAGUUAAAUCAAUUAACAUAGAGAUGUAUCAAAAGUUGCAGAGUUCUGAAGAUGGCUUGAAAGAAAAAAAUGAAAUAAUUGCCCGACUAGAAGAAAAAACCAAUAAAAUUACUGUAGCUAUGAGGCAGCUGGAACAAAGAUUGCAGCAAGCAGAGAAGGCGCAAAUGGAAGCUGAAGAUGAAGACAAGAAAUAUCUACAAGAGUGUCAGAGUAAAUCCGACAGUCUGCAGAAACAAAUCUCCCAAAAGGAGAAACAGCUGGUGCAACUGGAAACUGAUUUGAAGAUUGAGAAGGAAUGGAGGCAGACUUUGCAGGAAGAUCUUCAAAAGGAGAAAGAUGCCUUAUCUCAUCUUAGAAAUGAGACCCAGCAAAUCAUUAGUCUUAAAAAAGAGUUCCUUAACAUCCAGGAUGAAAAUCAGCAGUUGAAAAAAGUACAUCACGAACAGGAGCAAGCUCUUCAAGAACUUGGCAGCAAACUUAGCGAAUCAAAACUUAAAAUAGAAGAUAUAAAAGAAGCCAACAAAGCACUGCAGGGACUGGUUUGGUUGAAAGACAAAGAAGCAACACAUUGUAAACUUUGUGAAAAGGAAUUCUCACUCUCCAAGAGAAAGGUAAGGGAGAUAGGAAGUGAAUCCAAAAGCUUUGGUGCAAACAUGUCUUCUAAUUUUAUUCAUUCUUUGAUUUUUCCAUUUAAUAGCACCACUGUAGAAACUGUGGGGAAAUUUUCUGUAAUGCUUGCUCUGACAAUGAACUGCCGUUGCCUUCUUCACCAAAGCCAGUACGGGUUUGUGAUUCCUGUCACGCAUUGCUGAUCCAGAGAUGUUCAUCUAACUUGCCAUAAAACUCCAGAACUAAGUCCUUACGUCUGAAAGUACCUACAAUGGAUGGUUAAUGUAUGAACCUGCAUAUGCUGUGUUUAGACAGUCCUUCUUAAGCAGCUUUCAUAUGGUAUUAGUUAUCAGUUUUAUCUUCCACACAUUCAUGGGAAUUAGAAGCUAUAGAAUAGCUCAUUGUUAUUCAAGAACUUUCAACAGGGCAUGCUUUAACUUUAGCUUAAUUCCUCAUUAACUUUUAACGCCAUUUAAAUCAUGCAACUUUUAACGCCAUUUAAAAGGCCAGAUAACAAAGCUCACACACACACACACACACACUUGCCUUAUUUUGUAAAGGCCUUCUGUAGGGGUGCAUAUUAAUUCUCCAGAUUGUCAAGUUGGCAUUUGAUGAUGCCUGUAGUUUUAAUGCACUUUAAAGCUUCAGUUUUCAGAGAAAGAUCAGAAAUACAUUGGACUUUUUGCAAGUAUUAAUAUUCCAACUCAAGACUUUUCCUUAGCUUGCAAAGAUUUCAACCUUAACUUUGUCCUUUCUGCCCUACUUCAUUUGCCCGUCUUGCAUUAGAAAAGGCCAGUACUUUAUCCUAUAGAAUUUCCUUUUCGUCAUCCUCUAAUCAUUAAUGUAUUUAUUAGUAUUUCUCAGAUACAGUGGUUUAAAGAGGUAUUAUUUUACCUCAGUUUUUUCCUUUGAAAGGAAGUUAAAACUUAUCCUCCUUUACCUUUCUUUUUACCAAAAAAAGAAAAAAGUUCUUACAGAUCUUUCCAUAUGCUGUACCUGCUAACACUGCUAGUUUUUUCAGGGAGGGCUCAUACCUCUUUCAAAAGAAAAAUCUGUCCCCAGAAAAAAGGUUUAUUAAUAGUAAGGGAUUACAGGCUCCUGAUUGGUUCUCCUCUGAGCAUUAAAGGAGAAAUCUAAAAUAGCUAAACUUUGCCUUUGAUAGGAGUUGGGUAAUUAACUUUAUUAGAUUUCCAUUCUAGUGACUUUUAGGAAGCAUUACAUCAUAGUGAUCCACUACUGCAGUUAUAAACACAGUGAACUCUUCACCAUAUAAUGAGAACCUCUAAGGCAGGAUUCUUUCUGGAACAGAUGAUCUGGUCUCAGCCCUGCCAUGAACACAUGAACUAUGUCAAGCAUGAAAGAUUCAGUGAACACUAAUCCCAUUAUACUGCUUGUAGCAUACCAAGAAUAUGUAAAGUUACCCUUGUAAGAGUAAUCUUUGAAUAGCAUCACCACUUGGGAGACCCCUCUUAGGUAUUUUUAGCCAUGCACUUUAAGUCUAUGAAUCUUUCACACAGAUAGGAAUUUAUUAAUCCCAGGAAUAUUAUAGAGAAUUAAUCAUGACCACUUCCCUCCUACCUAAAAUGGUUACUUACUCUGCAGGAUCAUUUCCUCAGAAUAUACGUAUUUUCACUUGGGUUUAAAAAAUGAAUUUUCUAAAUUGCCAAAGUAUGAAACCAGUAUUUUACUUGCAUUAUUUUCUCCAUAUCCAGUUAGAUUUUGAGGUCUUUAGUUAGAACUGCUGUACAGAUUUUUAGGUGGUCUUUCUUGAAUGUCGACAGAAAUAUUGUCAAGAGAUGAAUUAUAUUCUUGAACUGUUUUGUAUUGAUGGGAUGAAUUCACAUUUUUAUGAUUACUAAAAAUGAGAAUAAGCAAAUAUGAAAUUUCAAAUACUAGGUGUUUAUUACUGUGCUUACUAGAACAAAUUUUUGAAUGUGAUUUUGCUUAAAUUCCAAGGCUGGCUUCAUUCAACAGACCAUGAUUUUCAGUCCCCUUUAAAUUCAUUAUUCAAAACUCCCAUUAUCCCCAUUGAUUUGGGCUUUUUUGUAUGCAAGCCUUUGGGACAGCAAUACAACUUGCUUCAUUUAGUUUGGGCUCUUAUUCAAAAACUAUUACUAAAUUUUGGAUUUUGUUAUAAAACUUAAUUUGUAUUGUGAAUCUACACUUUCUAUUUGUCAAGAUUUGCCCUCAUAGAAACUAUUUAUGAAUCUCACAAACCAUUCCGUCUAGCCAGUACUACAGUAAUGCUAUGGUGGUGCCAAGGAAUUGUAAUUCUUACUCCGUGAUGUUUUAAAACAAUGUGAAUUUUAUAAACCAAAUAAAAGAUAUGAAAAAUUGCCCUUUGAAAGGCUAACUUGCAUUUAUGACUUUUAUUUCUUGAUUUUAAUAGGGUAGUCCCGGGAAAAUAAAAGCCCAUAGGAUCUUUAAAGGGUUAAGUGGUAUGAGCCUAAUACUUAAACGGAUAAUUAAGGGAGGAGUACAAGCAUUAAACAAGUCACUGCUCCAUUUAAGCUAAUACAGCUUCCUUCUCUAACAGCAGAAAUCACUCCUUAAGAGUCACUUUGUCCAGUGUUCACGUAGAUACGGCACCUUUUACCAAUAUGAUUUACAAUCAGUAACCGACACAAAGCAUUCUAGGACAGACCACACCAUUAUCUCCCAUGUUGAUAUUUAUUACAUUAAUAACAUUUCUAGCAAAAACAAGUAACAAGGUCAAUAACUGAAUUCACAUUGACAGGUUUCAUUUUGAUCCAUUAGCCAAUUUGGAAAAAAGCCAUAUUGAUCAAAGGGAUUAAAAGUAAAAAGCACCUUUUCCUUGCUACAUAUAGUAUUUUUAAACACAAUGGCUCUAAAACUCCAAACAGAUAUCAAAUGCAAAAUCCAACUUCCAGGACUCUCAUUUUAAUGGACUAUCACAUGGACUUGUCUCUUACAUUUGUUUAAUCAUUUAUACAGUUACUAAAAAACCAUAUACUUUAACUAUUGGGCAGGAAAACUGAAAAUAACAGCUGUGAGAAUUAUACUCCACAGUAAAUACUUUUUGUACUGAAUUCUCAUGUCACUGAGAACCUUAACCUAGUCUAACAUUUAGAGAUAAC